AUGUCUGCCUCUAACACCUUUACCUCUGGUGAAAAGCUCCCAAUCCUCGACUACUCCAAUUGGGUUGAUUGGAGUGAAUACUGGCAAGAUCAUCUUAUCCUCUACGAUCUAUGGCAGUACAUCGAUCCAACAUCUAUAGUGAUGGUGCCACCCCCUACAACUAAUGUCAAUCGAGAUAUUGCUAAAAUGUUAACCGAAAACCUUACCAAAAUCCGUCAACAUGUGUCCCCUGAAUGUCGCAAGCUCCUAGUUGGCCAUACAAACCCAAGAGACCUCUGGUCCUCACUCAAGGCUGGCUGCGACCGCGGGACAACUCUCCCAUUAAUUGCUCAAUACAAAUCAUUCCACAAUAAUAAGUGGGAGCUAAAGGAUACCAUUUCUACCUACACAAGUCGUUUCCGCAAUAUCUUUCUUUCCUUGGAAAACACCUCUUACAAAAUCCAUCGAGAUAUAGCUGUUCACAUUCUUGUGGAUCGACUCCCUGACUGUUACAAGACCAAAGGUCAAAUGGCAAAACAAUUGAACCUUCCCUUCAUUGAAAUAGUGACCUACCUGCUUGCCAAUAUCAAAGAUUCCUCUUCUGAAGGUGAUAACAUGUCUGGCCAAGCCCUAGUAACUCGAGGCCGUUGUCCGAACCGUAGAACAAGCUCUCGGAACCUCCGUAAUGGAGGCAAUAACUCAAAUUCAAACCGUCGUGAACGAUCAAAUCGAAAUUCUCGGAAUAAGCGACUUAUCUGUAACUGGUGCAAACGAGAGGGCCAUUACGAGCGUGACUGUCAUAUUCGACAACAGCAACUAGACUCUGGCGCUGCAAAGCUUGACAGAGGUCGUGCCUACUUAGUUCAACAGCCAAGCAGUUUGCAACCUCCGCCUCAGCCGCUACCUCUACUGGCUCCUCCACCUCCGCAGGCAAAUUUCUCCUCCUCCCAGUCUCAAAGCUCUGAGUCAAACGCUUACAGUUAUCCAUCUCAUCUUCUUCUUACAAGAGCAUCCUACAUCAAUAGUGAGAUCCAACAACAAGACUAUCUCAGCUGGAUACUGGACUCUGGAGCUACACAGCAUUUCUGCAAUAGCAAAUUGGACCUUAAGGACUACAAACAUUUCCUUGAACCCAGAGAGAUCUACCUUGGAGAUAAUACUACGAUCUAUGCAGAGGGAUCUGGUACUCAACAUCUUCAAGUUGGGCCUUAUAUUCUAGUCCUCAACGUCUGCAAGUCAUUCAACCGUGUGCAUGCCGACCUUAUCCCCUUGGACGGUAUCUCCCUUGGUGGAUCUAAGUAUAUGUUACUACUGGUCGAUGAUUACACUUGCUAUGCAUGGUGUUACUUUGCCUCAAGUAAGAAUGUUCCUGCAAUUACACCUCUCCUACAAGGAUUUAUAAACUUGGUCCUAACUCAAUUCAAUGCUAUAAUCAAGUCAUGGCGAACUGAUGGUGGUACCGGUGAAUUCAUAAAUAGCAUGAAUAGUGUACUGGAACGACAAGUUCAGACGAUCAAGAAUAUGGAACGCUCUAUGAGAGCUGGUGCUGGUGUCCUAGAUGACUACCGACUACAAGCUGAGUCCCUGGCCACCUCGGUAUUUCUAACUAACAUCCUGCCAUCCACUACUCUAGGCAAUAUAUCCCCACACCUUCUUUUAUAUAAGAAGCAACCACCUCUUACAAUCUUGAAGCCCUGGGGAUGCCUCGUCUGGAUACACCUUCGAAAGGAGCACCGCAGCUCGAGCUCUGAUCCUCGCUGCAGGCCAGCCAUGAUGUCUAUUUAUAAAUGUCUUGAUCUUCAUACUCUGCAAACAAGCAAUCACUCUGAAAUCAAGUUUGAUGAAGACCUUUUCCCUGGUCCAUGGCUCAAACGCCCUGCCAGUUUUAAACUGUCUAUUGCACAUAAAAGAAAUCUGCCUGGUUCAGCGGUCAAUACUGUACUUGGUCAGUCAGUACCGGGAGCACUUCUCAAUGUAUCAAGUGUACCAUUUUCCUUGAUGAACCCCUUCUGGCUGCAGCAAUCCCAACCACCUGCAGAUCCUGUGAACCCGGAAGAUCCUGCAAAGCCAGUAGAUCCUAUGGAACUAGCAGAUGUAGCCCAAAGGGCAUUGGACUCCCCCCAGGAGCUUGUGGAAGCUGCUUUGAUCGUGCAAGGCAUGGAGUCGCUCUCCUGCCCAUCCUGGCAAACAGCAGAGAGGAUCCAAACAGACCACAAUGGAGAUCCUCUCUCCUAUUUGGAUGCCUUGCUCCAGGAUCCGAUUAGGUGGCCACCAGCAGUGCAAGAAGAACUGAAAUCUCAUGAAGAGAAUGGAACUUGGAUAGUUCAAGAGAUCAGUCAGAUGCCAAAAGGGUGUAAGCCAAUCCCCGGCAAGUGGGUAUUCAAGCGUAAACCGAGUCCUGAUGAAGGCAUUCGCUAUAAGGUAUGA